AAGUUAAUGUUCCUGCUUAGCUUGCUCUCGUUUUGCUGCGCUGUCCUCUGUUGCAGUUCUCUCAGUGACCAGACCGGGGCGCUGUUUUCACAGGUGGUGAACUACCUCUAUUUGGUCAAGGACUAUGUUGUAAAAAUCUUUCAAACUGUUUAUUUUCCGUGAUUCUGUGAAUCCUCCAGGGCUUUCAUCGGUAUGAGAUGGAACGUGUGAGCGGGCUGUGUGGGGACAGUGUGGCCGGCCCGGGUGUGAGUGUUUCGGACAGCUGCUGAGCGGUUUUCUGCUCUCUGACUGGAGCUUUCACUGCAAACCAAGUUAGCUCAACAGCUAAUCCUAAAAGUCACGUCACCUGUGCGGACUCCAAUUUAAAGUUUUACCGUUCAUCCAAGACAACCGGGUGAGUUUCCACCGUAUGUCCUCACAGAACUUUGAGUGAAGUGUUUUUUCGCGGGGUUCGGGGGUUUUCUCGUUUAAACGCAGCCGUUAAAUGUUCGUUGGAGACGGCAGCAAGUGAAGCGUAUCUGCGGGUUAUAACCGCCGUUACGACCCGCAGUCUAACACGGAUACGGGUGUUUUAGUGAGGGACAUGCGGUAGAGGAAACACAACGUCAGUGUUCAGUCCGCUGAGUUGGCGGCUCUGGGUUUGCUGCUCGAGAGGCCUGCGGGUCGGGCUUCCAUCGGUCUUGAGUAGACCCCGACGCCGCCGACAGAGGGUCGGAGGCCGGCAGUCAGCGCUGCCACCGCCGGGCCUGCGCACCAAGGUAUGGAACGAAUGGAAGUCGACCAGUGCGCAGGCGCAACUGGCGGGGCAGGGGGCGGGGCUCUCCGAAGAUCGAACAGCGCCCCAAUGAUUACCAGCGUCAGCGAUGGGAUGACAGUCUUCAGUCCCGUGACGUCUGCUCGGUACAGACGCAGCAGCGUGUCCAUCAACCCCAGCUGCCCCUCACAGCUUGUACCUCUCUCUCCUUUCUCUCUGACGGGAGACAGACUGGACCAGAAGAGACAGGAGGAGAACAUGGAGAUGACACUCAGAGGGAGUCUACAAAGAAUAAGUGCUUCCAGUCUGAUCCCAGUUCCUCCAGUCAGUCAGUGGCACGACCACGCCUCAGUGUGGUUUCCAUCACAGGACAGCGGUGUCACACCAAACUCCUCCCCGAGUCCGACAAGGAGGUUCAGACCAGCAGUCAGUGCGACUGUGAGGUGGCCUGCGUUAACUCCACUCAAGAGGAAAGGAGGAGUUGAGUCUGAUGGACCACCGAAGAAGCUUUUUGUUGCAGGGGUAACAGAUCCCGCCCACCGCAGCAGCUACACAGUCAGUGUUUCGCAGUCGUCUGCAGGUUCUCCCCCUGCAGGGGGCAUCAGUCCUCAGUCCAGCCCCCUGUCUCUCUCCCCUCCUCCCACCUUCACACCAUUCACCUCCCACCAACACCCCGGACACUAAAAACCACCUCUCUUUCAUCACCUGGAGUCCUUAUCCUGUCACUGUGGAUGCUGACAGUCCACCAGCACAUCAGCUCCAGAGCCCCAGAGGAUCACUGACCUCCAUCGCACCUUGUUUCUGUUCCAGUUACCUGCCAGCAUCAUUGUUAAGUCCUGUCUCUUCCUGUGAUAACAUUGAACUGGCGGAAGAAACAUAAAUUGAAGCUCUGAAGGCUGAUAAGUGGUGUAGCCUGGUGUUCUGCUCUCUGAAGUUGGUUUAUUGUCCUGGUUUUGUAUCCCUGGAUUUACUUUUCUUUUAGCCAAGAGGCUUCAGACAGAAAAUCUGCCCAAAGUUCCCAUUGGGCUCAUUAUUCAGUUCUUCAACGCUCCGUGAGAUCACGCCAGACUCGCAAUUCUGCUCUGCCAAAUUUGUGGCCUUGCCCCAAAAAGUGGGCGUGGUCUUUGUGGUUUUGGGUCUUCCUAGGCUUCAUGGAUUAAUCAAAUCUCAUGCUCAAAGGAAAGGUUUACAGAAGAUUCAGCAUCAGCAUUAUCGCAAGGCCACUGUAAAAGUUGGGAAAUGGGAGGACACGCUGGUUGUGUCUUCAGAAGGAGAUUGUUGUGAACUUCUGGAGAAUUUCGGGAAUUAUGACAUGAAAAGUAACAGGAACAGCUCCCCAUAUUAAAAUGUGGAUCCAAGACUCUUCUGUGCUAAUUUUUAUGCAAGUUGUGCAGAUGAAGUGUAGAGGGAUAAAAGAGGAAAGCACAUAAACCAGCAUGUUUGUGCACAUGCUGCUCAUAAAAUACCCAUUCGAGGCUAAAAACUGUCUUGUUCCUUGACUGAAUGUUUCAGAGUAUAUGGAUGGGUCAGGUGGUUCUGUGGACAUCACCGGAGAACAAUUGGACGAACAAUUGGACAAACAACUCACUUUAAUCCCCCUGGAUGGAAUUAAAUCUCCGAGCUGCCUGUUGGAGGAGGCUGCUGGACUCUAGCUGUUCAUGAAGUUCAAGAUCAUCUCUGAUCAACUCUUCCAAGAAGUUCUAAUAAGGUCUUGUAAUCAAGACGUCGCCACAGGAAGUGACAAAACAUUUGAAGCGCUUCGCCCAGAAUCUUCUCUCUCAAGGAGUCAAGGCACUUCAGGAACCUUUGGUUCCACCUCCAGUGAUCCAGAUGAUACUUGGGCCUAAACCAAAUAGAGACACUUCUGGAAAUACUGCCAGAGUUGUUGGAAGUCGAGUAUAAAACGUAUCAGUCUUUCUAUAUUGAAGGAUUUGUGUCUGAUGGAUCUGCGAAGAAACAUCUGGACUCUACCAGCACUUAUUCAAAUCAGUGAACCAGGGUUUAUGUACUUGUUGUGCAUCAUAUCUCCACCGUCACAUUUCAAGGAAUACUCAGAAAGUCUUCUUGAGAUGAUGAAUUUUCAUCUCUCAUCAACAAAACAAAUCUUCAAAUAUACAAAACCCAAAAUGUUCAACGAAACAGCAAAAACGAUCCUUGUCCAAACUCGAAACCUCAUACAGGUGUAAAACUCUCUAAGGCUAGAGCUGCUAGUCUCUGAAUAUUUCUGUCCUGUAAGGACAGCCCAACAUCCCAGAAAUUUUGCCGCAGAACAACGUUUCAGUCUCUGAAGCCUACGAUUAUUAUUUGUUAAUAAUGACAAAGUUGAAUCUGUCCCGACUGAGCCCACCUGACUGAAGACUUACAGGUGUCAGUUUUUCAUCAAAGUCUGUCAAACUUUGGUUCUUUUGUAAGAUGUGGGGUUUCCUCCCUAGUUUUACAUACUGGCUCCUGGUCAGUAGGAGUGCUGAAGUGUCUUUGUUAAUAGUGUAUCUAUAUGUGAAUAGCGACAGUCGGAGCAGCUGAUACAUGCUCAGUUUUCUUCAGCCUGCAGGGUUUGAUUGUAUUCCGCAGGAAGUGACCAUGCUCUCCCCUCUUUGACUUUGAUUUGUUCCUUUUUGUUUGUUUCCUCUCUGAGCGACUUCAAUCUUUUCUACUUGAAAUCAGCCUCAUUGUCCUUGGGAAGCCUUUUGGUUUUCCUUCUGAGUAGUUCAUGAAGGUUAUCAGAUGAGUCAGGCCUCAGGUCGAAGAUGGAAAAAAGCCCCAGGAAACAAGAUAUUCUCCAGAUUUAUUAUCUCAUGUAUGAUAGAAGCAGCUGUAUUCAAUGAUAAUUUUAGGACUGGCAAUAUCCAAAAUAUCCAUACUGAUAUUGUUCUAAAAAUAAUAUUGCUUUCUCUCGUCCUGUUAAAAUUUUAGCUGUUUCAUUCUAUUCAUUCUAUUCUAUUUCUCUAUCCAUGGAGCCAUCAAGAGGACAUGACCAAGUAUGUGGUGCUAGGGAAUACCUAGAAACCAUCUAGCAUUCAACAAACCUAUACUUGACCUACUGAAAACUAAGGACCACAAACGUUUUGCUCAUGAGCAAACACCUGUUGCUUACUGGAAACUAUCUAGUUCUCACAAGAAAGUAUCUGGCACUCCCAAAAAACAAUCUGGCAUUCACUAGAAACAAUGGAGCACUUUCCAGAGCUGUCUGGUUCCUUUCAAAGGUGCCCAGUAUCCUCAACUAUCUGGCGCUCUAUUGCACACAGGCAGAGCUAUCUAGCACCAACAGCAAGUGUUCUUCACUUCAAGUAUUUUUGCUCUGUAGAGACUAUCAGGCACUCACUCAAAACUAUCUGGCGCCCACAUUUAUUUGGCAUUAAAGCUUUCUGGCUAAUUAGACACUAUUCUGUGCAUACAAGAGCUACUCAGCACUUGCAAAAACUGACAUUCCAUGAAACUGCAAGAAGCUUUCUGACACUUAACUUGUAUUUAGCUCUCAACUGUAACCAUCAACCACUCAGUAAAGCUUUUAUCCACUCGCAACAUAUUACACACAAUGGCGGAACUGAGUCUGUCCUCCUUUAAGACUAUCCAGCACUCAAAUCUUCCGCGCACAUUAGAAAAUAUCUCGCACCAACAAGAAUCAUUCUUCACUCGAAUGAUACUAUCUAAAACUCCUUAAACUAUUUUGUCCUCUUAGGUACGUACCAGAAACUAUCUGGCACUUGUAUGACAAUCUGGCGCUGACCCAAUAUUGCUCCCGCUAGAUAUUAUUUAGUGCUCAUACAUAGUACCCUGCGCUUGUUAGAAACCAUGUUCAAAGGAAGUAUUUAUGACUCUUAUCUAACCUCUCUGCAGCCCACCAGGAACUAUCUAUUUUUUCACCGGCAAGAUACUAUCUGACGUUCCCUGAGCCUAUGUUGUGCUCCAUGGAAACACUCUGGUGCUCUUUGAAAACUAUCUAACUCUAACUGUGGCGCUGACCAGAUCAGACCUUCUCACUCUCACAAAACACUGUCUUAAGCUUAUCGCAAAGUAUCUGGCGCACACAAGAACUGCCAAUACUCGGAAAAUAUCCAGCUCUUACCAACAAAUCUAGAACCAACAGUAAUUAUCUGUCCCACACUUGAAACCAUUUAGAGAUUUCUUGAAACUAUCUAGAACCAACUAGGACCACCACUAGGCUUAUUUCAAAAAGUACCUUGCGCAUGUCUUCUUAGGCUCCAUGUAAGCCUUAGUCCUCCCAAUGUUAGUCACCAGUCCACACACACACAUUUGUCUGAAAUCAUUCAACAAAUUAGCACAAAACUGGGACUGAAGUUCCAGAUGUGUGUAACCCAUCAGAGGGGUCAAAGUUCGGGAUGAUAAUAACGUGGCCGAGGUUUACCACAGAGAGCGCCGUUCUGCUUCCAACCUUUGCACUUGCACAGUAUUGUACAGUUUUCUAUUUACGCUCAUCAUCGUGCCUAAACAUGUCGUCAUAUUUCAGAGGAGCGAUGGUCAUCACAUCAGAUCUGAGGACAUCUACCUUUUCUUUUAUCACACCUGACACCUGUGAGAUAUGUCUGUACAUAAAGUCUCUAUAAGCUGUUUUUAUAGAAGUGUCUUCACCCCUUGAUUUAAAGAGGUCCUCUCUGAAUUGGUGAGUGUGUGUGAUGCACAAACACAGCUCACUUCACAAAACAAAGUUUCCAAACCCAUGAAGUGACAGAUACGACGUCUUUUAAUUUCUGCUGUCACCACUUUGCACACUUCUAGUUAGAUAACUUUAAUCUUUUUCUUCUGUUACAUGAGCAUAAAAACAUAUCAUUCAGAAAUGCUGUUCAAUUUUGCUGCUUUUUCUGUUUUUCUUGCUUUAUUUCUUGACUUGUUACCGGAUCUGUGAAUCUAUCCCGUUUUGAUUAUUCACAUAAAAUAAUCCAAAUAUACCCUGGUUAGUUUUUUAGUACUGGGGUUUGAAUCGUCAAAUAGUUUUGCAAAGCUGCAGGAGAAAGAAAAUAUUCACUGCAAGCAAAUUAAGGCCAGAUAACAUUUUGAUAUUUCCAUUUAACCCAUAAAUGGAGUCAUGCACCUGAACCAAAAGUAACAACCUGCUCUUAUUUGUUUUUCCAAAUGCGAAGCAAGAGUUGUAAAAUCCAACUUUGAUUUCAUUUAGCUUGAAAGAUAUUUUAGUAAGCUACAAAAGACAUGGAGAUGUCCAAGUCCUUAUUGAGACAAGCUUUAAACUUUUAGAACAAAAUUCACUUUUUUUAUUUUGACCAAUUUUCAGAGAAACAGGAUAGACUCGCCUCAGAGGUAACACCACGCUGCCAAAUUCCCACACCUGUACCAACUGUAGCUUUAAGUUUUCUGUUCCUUGUUUUGAACUUUGCACAAAGCGUCAACAUGAAGAGAGACAUGUUUUAAUGUAGCUGGAUCUAAGUGUGAUGUGGACUUGCUAAAGUUUGCACAAUGUUUUGCUUCAAAGAAUGUUUUCAAGCCAAAAAAAUAUUUUAUCAAAAUGCAAAAGUUUGUCCGAGGAAGGUUUUCAUUAACGUGAAACUGUCACAUUAUUCUUACCUUUACUGGUCUCUCCUCCUUUAGCUUCUAUUGUUCUUUAAAUGUUUCAAUCGUCGCCUUAUCGCUGCAGAUUUCCACAAGAACACAAAUGUAUGAGAUCAUUCAUUUCUUACCUUGACGUACGUUUCCAGUGUGAUCACAGUUUACCUUAAGCUGUGUGCGGCUUUGGUUUGGUUGUUUUUGUAUCAAUAUCAUGAUGCUGAUGUAGGUUUGUUUUCCAUUGUGGCUGUAAUGUGGUAAAUGCUAACAGUUAGCAUAUAAUGUUAAAAAAAGAUCUGCUCUUUACUGAGCUGUGGAUCGGAUCUAAUUCUGAGCUGACAAAACCACUGAAACAUACAGUAGACUGAAUUGCCUUCAGAAAAAAAUGUAUUCUACAUUUUAGAAUUGACAACAUUAAUAUACAAUUUAAAACACCGGUUCUCAUUUUUGUAAAGAAAUUAGCGAAAGAAAUUCCACAUUUUGGAUUUUUUUUUAAUCUCCCAAAAUGUAAAAAUUUUGCAGAUUUUCCAUCUUUGAUGAUCAUAAGUUUCAUAUUUUUAUUACGUUAGGAUACUUUCACUCUUCAGUUUAGGCUUUGUCAAAGAGUGAUGGACUUUUGAAUAGUUUCAAUGUGUUGAGUUUCAGGUCUAAAUAAAAAAAAUAUUUCACCAUAUUUCACCCACUCACCUCUUAUGAAAGAAAAGACAGAAAGACCUCUGAUCACACUGGAAUUCUACAGUCUUUAUUUUCUUUUUGUUGAUUUCUCUCUCUCUCUCUCUCUCUCUCUCUCUCUCUCUCUCUCUCUCUCUCUCCCUCUCUCUCUCCCUCUCUCUCUCUCUCUCUCAAAUGUAUUAUUUUAUCAUUUUUUGGAGAUUUUCACUUUUUUUAUUCUCACCGUCUUACUCUUCAUAAAGACGAGAGUUUUAUGUUCACCUGUCAAACAUUCAUAAGUUAGCUUUAAACAAGCAUUUGCUUCCCUAACGUGUACAAAGAAGAUUUUUUAUUUGUGUUUUUGUUUUUUGUCAAUGUGACCGUAGAAGGAUUUUCUCUGUUAGUGGUUUUCUGUUUGUCGUAAUGAGACAGAAGUGUGAACAUGUAGCGAGGAACCAGUCAGAGUUUUCAGUAUUAAUGCACAAAAUCACUCUGGAGAAACUCAUUUCAUUUCUCAGCACUGAUUCCGAACCUAGCUCGGCCGCAAGUCCCCUAAAAACUCAUCGUUCCGGCAUGAUCUUUAGAAAGACGUCCACUUUUAACAAGUUACUCAAUAAGCUGGAGAUUCUGUUCUUGACGUGGCUUAAAUGAUAUUUCUUGGUGAUUUUAUAUCAAAUUAGCCCCAUUUUUUGUUAAAAAUCUGCUCCUAAGACACUAAAAUAUUUAUGUAACUCAUUGUUUCUGGCAUGAAGAGUUGUUUCAUUAACGUCAGUGCUAAAGUUUUAUUUCCCCCAAAAUAUAAUUGUAGUUCCAAAAAAACAACAAAACGUGUAGUUAGAUUAGAGAUUUGUUUGGAAACGUGUUUUGAAUCUUUACAUUUUUGUUUUAAACAGCUCUCUAACUCUUAUUUCUAUUGUAAAAGUAGAAACAAGGAAUAACUGUGAAAUGUCUAGGGGUAAAAGGGAAAAAAAAAUCUACAAAAAAGAUGUCCUUUUGGGCUUCCCGUAAACAAAAAACAGGUUACGUAUUUUUUAGUGAAAAAAUCAACUUAAAGAAAGAAGGAAAAAAUGGCUCACCGUGUCCAGUCCUAGUGCUAAGCAAAGCUAGCUAAAGAAAGUAGGAAAAAUCGCUUGCUGAGUCCAAUCUUUGUGCUAAGCUAAGCUAGCUAAAGAAAGUAGAAAAAAAUGCUUUCUGUCCUGUCUUUGUGCUAAGCUAGCUAGAGAGGGUAGAAUUUUUGUUUUCCAAAACUGUUCAUUUUUAAAUUUAUGAUUUCAGCUUUUGGAUUUUUUAAAUAACUGUUACCAGGUUUAAGUUACAUUUGAGAAGUUUACUUCCAAACUUGUCACCAAUUAUUAUAUAUUUUAUAGGUAGUUUCAUUUCAAACUUGAAAAAGUGCUGAAAAAUGCCGAGAGUUAAUCCAGAGUGACUUCAGAUUUCUAAAAAGGGCUGCUAGAGUUCAUCUGAGCUGAUAAAGGGAAGAAAAGCACAUCUACACGAACAUUCACACAAGUAUUUUCAGACUGUAAAUAGUUUCUCUCUUUUCCUUUUUUUUGGACAAAUUCUCGACAUUUAACAUUUGAGAUGAUGUAUUUUUAUGAAAGUGUAAAAUAAAAGUCUAUAUUCGAGUGUUCAUUCCCUCCUGAUGGCUGUACAAAGAAGCAUAAUGACGUUUUAGUUUUCAGUGAAACGAUUCAUUACACACUAUAAAUAUAUCAUAUUGUAUAUGAAAACUCAAUAAAAGAAAGCUGUAUCAUAUCAGAAA